AAGCCAACCACCAUGAGAGCCCCAAAACAUCCCAGACCGAAGGUGUCCGUGGAUGAGUGAGCCUUGUGAACCCGCCUGGGGGCCAACAGAGCCCUGCAGACCAUGAGCCAUCAGCUAAAGGGCCGAGGGGAGGAAGGAGGAGGUGGCAUGAGGGGGCGGGCAAGGAGCGACUCUCUGGGCACAGGUGACAGGUCCAGGAGGACCCCCUCGAUGAAGCGGACUCGUCCAGCCGAGAAGGCGCCAGGCAGGCGCAGAGCCCAGCCAGGCCAGAAGGAGCGGGCCGGGGGCAGCCCGGGGUCCGGGUCUCCUCGGAGGAAGCAGGCAGAGCGCAGGGGACGCCGGGAGCUGCUGGGGGACCGCGAGCGGGGCUCCGCAGAGAAGACCUGCGGAGGGAGGAGGAAGAAGGAUGGGAGGGCUUCCCUCAGGGAGCAGAGAGCUCCUUCAAAGAAGCAAAAGGAGGCCCGGAGGAAGGAAGAGAUGUGGAAGCAGCCGAAGAAACACAGGUCAUCCUCCGUGGCCUCCAGUACCUCCAGUGGGGAGUCUCUGUCUGAGGAGGAACUGGCCCGGAUCUUGGAGCAGGUGGAAGAUAAGAAGAAGCUAAUCGCCAGCAUGCGGAGCAAGCCUUGGCCCAUGGCGAGGAAGCUGGCGGAGCUCAGGGAGGCCCAAGAAUUUGUGGAGAAGUAUGAAGGAGCCUUGGGAAAGGGCAAAGGCAAGCGACUCUACGCCUAUAGGAUGCUGAUGGCUAAGAAAUGGGUCAAGUUUAAAAGAGACUUUGAUAAUUUCAAGACUCAAUGUAUCCCCUGGGAAAUGAAGAUCAAGGACAUUGAAAGUCACUUUGGUUCUUCGGUGGCAUCAUAUUUCAUCUUCCUCCGAUGGAUGUAUGGAGUUAACCUUGUCCUUUUUGGCUUAAUAUUUGGUCUAGUCAUAAUCCCAGAGGUGCUAAUGGGCAUGCCCUAUGGAAGUAUUCCCAGAAAGACGGUGCCUCGGGCUGAGGAAGAAAAAGCCAUGGAUUUUUCUGUUCUUUGGGAUUUUGAGGGCUACAUCAAGUAUUCUGCUCUCUUCUAUGGCUACUACAACAACCAGAGGACCAUCGGGUGGCUGAGGUACAGGUUGCCCAUGGCUUACUUCAUGGUGGGGGUCAGCGUGUUCGGCUACAGUCUGAUGAUCGUCAUUAGAUCGAUGGCCAGCAACAACCAGGGCAGCACAAGCGAGGGGGAGAGUGACAACUUCACCUUCAGCUUCAAGAUGUUCACCAGCUGGGACUACCUGAUUGGGAAUUCAGACACGGCUGACAACAAAUACGCCUCCAUCACCACCAGCUUCAAGGAGUCAAUAGUGGAUGAACAAGAGAGUAACAAAGAAGAAAAUGUCCAUCUGACAAGAUUUCUCCGUGUCCUGGCCAACUUUCUCAUCAUCUGCUGCUUGUGUGGAAGUGGGUACCUCAUUUACUUUGUGGUGAAGCGAUCCCAGGAAUUUUCCAAAAUGCAGAAUGUCAGCUGGUAUGAAAGAAAUGAGGUAGAAAUUGUGAUGUCUCUGCUUGGGAUGUUUUGUCCUCCUCUGUUUGAAACCAUUGCCGCCCUGGAGAAUUACCACCCACGCAUUGGACUGAAGUGGCAGCUGGGGCGCAUCUUUGCACUCUUCCUGGGAAACCUCUACACCUUUCUCUUGGCCCUGAUGGAUGACGUCCACCUGAAGCUUUCUAAUGAAGAGACGAUAAAGAACAUCACUCACUGGACUCUGUUUCACUACUACAACUCCUCAGCUUGGAAUGAGAGUGGCCCCCGGCCCCCCCUGCACCCUGCAGAUGUGCCCCGGGGUUCUUGCUGGGAGACGGCUGUGGGCAUUGAAUUCAUGAGGCUGACAGUGUCGGACAUGCUGGUAACAUAUAUCAUCAUCCUGCUGGGCGACUUCCUGCGGGCUUGUUUUGUCCGGUUCAUGAACUACUGCUGGUGCUGGGACCUGGAGGCUGGAUUUCCCUCAUAUGCUGAGUUUGAUAUUAGUGGAAAUGUGCUUGGUUUGAUCUUCAACCAAGGAAUGAUCUGGAUGGGUUCCUUCUACGCCCCAGGACUGGUGGGCAUCAAUGUGCUGCGCCUGCUGACCUCCAUGUACUUCCAGUGCUGGGCGGUGAUGAGCAGCAAUGUCCCCCAUGAACGCGUGUUCAAGGCCUCCCGCUCCAACAACUUCUACAUGGGCCUCCUGCUGCUGGUGCUCUUCCUCAGCCUCCUGCCCGUGGCCUACACCAUCAUGUCCCUUCCGCCCUCCUUCGACUGCGGGCCGUUCAGUGGGAAAAACAGAAUGUAUGACGUCAUCCAAGAGACAGUUGAAAAUGAUUUCCCAACCUUCCUGGGCAAGAUCUUUGCCUUCCUCGCCAAUCCAGGCCUGAUCAUUCCAGCCAUCCUGCUGAUGUUCCUGGCCAUCUACUACUUGAACUCAGUUUCCAAAAGCCUUUCUCGAGCAAAUGCCCAGCUGAGAAAGAAAAUCCAAGCGCUCCGUGAAAUUGAGAAGAGCCAUAAAUCUGUCAAAGGCAGAGCCACACCCAGAGAUUCAGAGGACACGGAUAAAGGCAACUCCAAAAAUGGCACCCAGCUCACCAAAGAAGGGACUGCACAUCACCCUGCUAGCCAAAGCCAGACCCUGGACCAGAAGGCGCAGGGCCCUGGGGCCUCCAGUUCUGCCAGCAAGACUGUGCUGCCUGCCUCCCAGCUCCUCCCUGUAUCUCGGGCCCCUGGUGUCAGACCAGAGUCUGGCCAAGCCCGUCCUCAGGCUCAUCCUUGGAGGUCAACCUCUGGAAAGCGGGCCUGGAGACCACCCCACUGA